UCUUUCUUAUUACUUAUAACAUUACCUCCCCUCUUAGGGCUAUCGUCUCGAUACCCUAGAAUAUUGUUUUCCCAUGCUGCGUGUUGAGACGCCGGCUUGCAUAUAAGGGGAACGAAAUGACCUUUUAUUGUAAACGUUGUAAAGAGAAGGGCCUUUGUUGUUUCGUAGAUACCGCCACGGGGCGUUAUGCUGGUUGUAUUUCUAUGAAAGCUGAAUAUAGCUUGUUCGUGACUGAGGAGGAGUGGGAAAAGGUGGAAGCAGACAAGCGUCAAAAACGGUUGGCUCUUCUGCGGGCUAAGGCUGAAGUUGCGCGUCUUCGUCUAGAGGUUGCUAAGACUGAGGCCCUUGAGCGGUCGUACGCCGAUCGUGAUCAUGCCAUCUUGAGUCUACAGGAUCGUGCGAAAGAGCAGGCCGAGGGGAGCUUAGCCCCUGGCGGUACGGGCCUUCCUGUUGUCGAACCACCGCUAUCUAAGUUAUCGACUGAUCUGGGCUGGUUACAGGCUAAUUUCUUCAAUCCUUCUUUUAAUUACUUCUUCCUUUUCGAGGGGCUUCCCCUCGCUUCUCCAGGUGCUUCCGGUGGUAUUCACGUACCAGUGACUUGCAGUUCGUUAGGUUUCCUUCAGGUUCCUAAGUGUUAUAGCUUUUGGGCCAUCCUUGCCACUUAACUAAGUACUUCCACUAACUACCGAUUUUUCGCAGGUCCUUGAUUUCCUCGACCUUAUACUUAUCGUCUUCGAGCUCUAUAUCCGUUGCUAGCUCGGCAUCUAGAGGUGCUGGUUCUAGGAGUUUCCUGUGAAAGACAGGGUGGAUUCGCAUGCCUUAUAGGAGUUUCAACUUAUAGUUUACUUUUUCUAUUUCCUCUAGGAUUUCGAAUAGUCCUAUUUAGAGGUUGUCUAAUUUUCUGCAUGGUCGU